GUCAGCGGCAGGACUUCCCAAAGCUUGGCAAGGUAGACAUGGGCCAGCUGCACGGCCCCUUCUUGAUCCCUUUCAGUCAUAGCUCAAACAACAACUACACACUUGGCCCCUGCUGAGAGAACAUCAGGAGUUGGUGGAGACAUGCUGUGGGUCCUGUGUCUGGUCUUCUGCAGCCUGCUGGCUGGUACUCGAGCUGACCAUGGGGCUCUUCUGAGGUUGGGCAUGGACAUCAUGAACCAUGAGGUCCAGAGUGCCAUGGAGGAGAGCCACAUCUUGGAAAAGAUGGCUGCUGAGGCUAGCAAUCCACAGGCAGGAGGAAAGGCCAUUAAAGGCCUCAGCAACAUGAAGGUAAAGGAUGUCCUGGAACCUGUCAUCACGUUGAACUUUGUACCUGGAGUGGGCAUCUUCCAGUGUGUGUCCACGGGCAUGACCAUCACUGGCAAGAGCUUCACAGGAGGCAACAUGGAGAUCAAUGUGGUCCUGAACAUCACAGCCACUGACCGGCUUCUGCAGGAUGAGGAGACAGGCACUCCCAUGUUCAGGAGCGAGGGCUGCGAGGUCAUCCUGGUCAGUGUGAAGACCAAUCUGCUUAACAACAAGGCCAUCAGCAAGUUUGUGGACAGCACUCUGCGCAAAGUCCUCCCUGGCUUGAUGUGUCCAGCCAUUGAUGCUGUCCUGGUGUAUGUGAACAAGAAAUGGACCAAUUUGACUGAGCCCAUGCCCGUGGACCAGAUGGGCACUGUCAAAUAUGCCCUGACAUCCUCGGCUGCCACCACAGCUAGCCACAUCCAGGUGGACUUUAGUCCCAUGGUGCAGCUUCAGGGAGGCCAAGUUAUUCAGCUUCCCACAAAUGGAUCUGCACCAGAGUUCCCUGAGGGCUCAGCCCAGAGCUCACAGUUGCUGCUCUCAGCUGCCUUCCUCACGGCUGAGUUGGCCCUUCUGCAGAAGUCCUUGGAAGUGAACCUCAGGGACAAGAGGGUUGGUAAGCUGUCACAAACUACUGAGACACUGGCAGGCUUCAUCCCACAGGUAGCUAAGCGUUAUCACAAACCAAAGCCUUUGCUGAUCAAGGUCAAGAUAAGCAAACCCCCCAAGGUUACCAUGAAGGCUGGAAAGAGCCUGAUACACCUCCAUGGCAGCUUGGAGAUGUUUGUGGCACGUAGACAUGGCAAGCACCCGAAGUCACUCUUCUGCCUGGAGACUCACUUUGGUCUGGAAAUCCACUACUCAGUGCAGGAGAACCGUCUGCAGAUGGCCACCUCUCUGGACAGUUUAUUGAGCCUGUCCCGGGAGUCUUCUUCAUUUGGCCACUUCAAUGAGACGGCAUUAACUGGCUUCAUCACUGACUGUCUCCAGAAGGCCUACGUCCCUGUGGUGAACGAUGUACUUCAUGUUGGGCUUCCGCUCCCAGACCUUCUGGCUCUCAACUACAACCUGGCUGAGCUGGACAUAGUGGAGGAUGCCCUGGUGCUGGGCUUGAAGAUGGAAUGACCUCGUCAAGACUCUGUCAGCUGCCUUCACCUGCCAUGGUUCUGAGCUAGCAGAGGAACGCAGAUGUGAGCCUGACGGGCUGGGCCCUGCCACCAAUGGUUGCUUCCUGUGACUAGGAGAAAGCAAGAGGCCUGUAGGCCUCAGCAAUAAACAGGAAGAAGACCCUUACAC